CUCUCCUCCACUACCGCUAUCCAAUAACCCCCGGCCGCCGUCGCCGCAACCGCCACAGCAGCCGGGGGCAACCAUGGGUGCCUGCGCAACCAAGCCCAAGACGCUUGAGGGGAAGGCCCCCGCCGAGGCCACCACCAUCUCCACACCCAAGGUUGCUCCCGAGACCACCGUCCCCACCGAGGAGGUUGCGGCGCCUGAAGAGGUAGUCGAGAAGGUGGUGGAGGAGGCCAGGGAGGAGCCGGCGGCGGCAGCGGCGCCCACAGAGCUGCCUGCCCCCGCCGAGCCCGAGCAGAAGGCUGAGGCAGUUCCUGAUGAGGCGAUCGUCGAGCCCGAGCACAAGGAAGAGGACCUAGUCUUGGAGAAGACGAUCGUCGAGGAGGAGAAGCCUGCUUCAGGCCCUGUGGAGGAGAAGACCGCCGCCGCCGCCGAGGUGGCGGAGGAGCCCACGGAGGUGAAGACGAAGGGCGCCGAGGAGGAGAAGGAGAAGCCGACGCAGAGCUGAUCGACGGCCGUCCAUGAUGUCGACCGGCUCCUGCCUGUGAUCAAUCUCUAGAGUUGGCUCAUAUGUAUAGCUCGGGAGAGAGAUCCGAUCCACCGUGUAACAAUCUUUGGUGUCUCCCGGUUAAGUUUUUCCUCCACGGCGUUCUGAUAAACGACAUUAC